GCCUCAAUUCAGUUAUCUGUUUUCGCAGCUGACUGCAGCCCUGCCAUGUUCGCGGUGUAACGCAGGUGUUUCGCUCCGAGUUUACCGAACCGCUCCCAGAACCGGGGCAGGACGGCGCUGUCAGCGUUAGCUUUAACUGUCUAGAGUUUAAUUUCAUCUGGCUAACAUUAGCUGCUUCUCAGUGAUGUAGAAGCUAAACACAGGGGCUACAGCAGAGCUCACUCCGUGGAAAAAGGCAGAAACAACGGGAGCCGGUGGGGCACAGAACCUGGUCAUGAAUGAAAGAACAAAGGUUCCCUACAGUUUGAGGAUAAAUGGGACCUGAUGCGCCCCAUCGUACUGAAGCUGCUACGGCAGGAGUCCGUCACCAAACAACAGUGGUUUGACCUGUUCUCAGAUGUCCAUGCUGUCUGCCUGUGGGAUGACAAAGGUCCAGCUAAGAUCCACCAGGCUCUGAAAGAGGACAUCUUAGAUUUCAUCAAACAGGCUCAAGCACGGGUGCUGAGUCACCAGGAUGACACGGCGCUCCUGAAGGCCUACAUCGUUGAGUGGAGGAAGUUCUUCACUCAGUGUGACAUCCUGCCCAAACCUUUCUGCCAGCUGGAGAUCACUCUGAUGGGCAAGCAGGGAAGCAACAAGAAGUCCAGCGUAGAGGACAGCAUAGUCCGGAAGCUCAUGCUGGACACGUGGAACGAGUCCAUCUUCUCCAACAUUAAAAACAGGCUUCAGGACAGUGCGAUGAAGCUCGUCCAUGCCGAGAGGCUGGGAGAGGCCUUUGACUCCCAGUUGGUCAUCGGAGUGCGAGAGUCUUACGUGAACUUGUGCUCCAACCCUGAAGACAAGCUGCAGAUCUACAGGGAUAACUUCGAGAAAGCCUACAUGGACUCCACUGAGAGGUUCUACAGAACACAGGCGCCAUCAUACCUCCAGCAGAACGGGGUCCAGAACUACAUGAAAUAUGCGGAUUCAAAGCUGAGAGAAGAGGAGAAACGAGCUCUGAGGUAUCUGGAGACGAGACGCGACUGUAACUCAGUCCAAGCUUUAAUGGAGUGCUGCGUCAAUGCACUGGUGACGUCUUUCAAGGAGACCAUCUUAGCCGAGUGUCCAGGGAUGAUCAAACGCAACGAGACAGACAAGUUACAGCUGAUGUUCUCCCUGAUGGACAAAGUUCCCAGCGGGAUCGAUCCCAUGCUGAAGGACCUGGAGGACCACAUCAUGAGCGCUGGCCUGGCUGAUAUGGUGGCUUCAGCAGAGACCAUCACCUCUGAUUCAGAGAAAUAUGUGGAGCAGCUGCUGACUCUGUUUAACCGCUUCAGUCGGCUGGUGAAGGAAGCCUUUCAGGACGACCCUCGCUUCCUCACUGCUAGAGACAAAGCGUAUAAAGCUGUCGUUAAUGAUGCCACUAUAUUUAAACUAGAGCUUCCCAUGAAACAGAAAGGGGUGGGGAUGAAAACUCAGCCGGAGUCCAAGUGUCCAGAGCUGCUGGGCAACUACUGCGACAUGCUCCUGAGGAAGACUCCGCUGAGCAAGAAGCUGACCUCUGAGGAGAUCGAGGCCAAGCUCAAGGAAGUGCUUUUAGUGCUGAAGUACGUCCAGAACAAAGACGUGUUCAUGCGCUACCACAAAGCCCACCUGACCCGCCGCCUCAUCCUGGACAUCUCAGCCGACAGCGAGAUCGAGGAGAACAUGGUGGAGUGGCUCAGGGAAGUGGGAAUGCCAGCGGACUACGUCAACAAGCUGGCCCGGAUGUUCCAGGACAUCAAAGUGUCCGAGGAUCUCAACCAGUCCUUUAAGGAAACUCAUAAACACAACAAGCUCGCUUUGCCAGCCGACUCGGUCAACAUAAAGAUCCUGAACGCCGGAGCGUGGUCGAGGAGCAGCGAGAAGGUUUUUGUGUCUCUGCCCACAGAGCUGGAGGAUUUGAUACCUGAGGUGGAGGACUUCUACAAGAAGAACCACAGCGGCAGGAAGCUUCACUGGCAUCACCUCAUGUCCAACGGCAUUAUAACCUUUAAGAACGAGGUGGGCCAGUACGACCUGGAGGUGACGACUUUCCAGCUGGCCGUUCUGUUCGCCUGGAACCAGCGGCCAAAAGAACGGAUCAGCUUCGAAAACCUAAAGCUAGCCACAGAGCUGCCCGACGCUGAGCUACGGCGAACUCUCUGGUCUCUGGUGGCGUUCCCCAAGCUCAAACGUCAGGUUCUGUUGUAUGACCCGGUGGUAUCUUCACCCAAAGACUUCACAGAAGGAACAUUGUUCUAUGUCAACCAGGAGUUUUCUCUAAUAAAAAACUCAAAGGUUCAGAAAAGAGGAAAGAUUAACCUGAUUGGUCGGCUGCAGCUCACAACCGAGCGAAUGAGAGAGGAGGAGAACGAAGGCAUCGUCCAGCUCAGGAUACUCAGAACACAGGAGGCCAUCAUCCAGAUCAUGAAGAUGAGGAAACGCAUCAACAACGCCCAGCUGCAGACAGAGCUGGUAGAAAUCCUAAAGAACAUGUUUUUACCACAGAAGAAGAUGAUCAAGGAGCAGAUCGAGUGGCUGAUAGAUCACAAGUACAUAAAGCGGGACGAGACGGACAUAAACACCUUCAUCUACAUGGCGUAGCGCACCACAAUCGGAUCUUCUCUUUGUUUUCAGUGGAUCGGGUCUGAUGGACACCAGAACAUUUGCAGGCCUCCUAAACUGUUGAGAAGAAAAAUAUCUACUUUGUGCAGGGAGGCUGAAUUCAGACUGAGACUAUUUAAAACAAGUCAAACGUCCUGCCUUAAACUUGUACAAAGAAAGAAGAAGAAGCUGCGCCUCUGCUGUCCAGUUGAGGUUGGUUAAUGUCCAUGAUCAGUUUCUGAUUCUGGGUCAGAACAACUUCUGCAGUACUACUACUACACCCUGGUCAGGGUUUGCACAAGACUGAUGGCAAUGAAGCUGCAGAACCUCUGCAGUCCAACCCAAAUCCAGAACUAAAAUGCUGCCAUGUUUCCUGAGACGUGAUGCUGCUAUGUAACCCCGUUACUCUGUGGGCCCUGACAUGGCUCUGAUCCGCCUCAUCAGUUUCAGUACAGCUGGUCGGACUCAUUCAUCUGGGUCAUCCACUGGGUUAAUGAACACUUCACAGGUCAGAGUGCUGGACUGAACCAAAAAGCUGACUCGGCCCCCAUCAAGCCUCUGGCCCCGGUUCAUGUGAGGAUGUGGGUCGUCAUCAGAUCAGGAGUCUCAACCUCCGGUGCCCCUCAGGCUGAGGAGCCGGCUCAGCUGUGACACCGGGCCCUCAAAGACUGAGGUCUGAGGCCCCUGAUUCAGAAGCUCUGUGUUUGUCCACAGCUUGGGACCGUCUGCUGCCAGCUGAACUCCAACCGACCCAAACACUGAGCUACUAGUUUACCAGCAGAAAACUGAAUGAAUUUAUUCAUCUUCCUGUCCUGUUUUUCAACCACUUGUUAUACAGCCGCAUCUCACGACAUCAGAACAUCACCAGAAACAUUUACUGUCCAUGAGGCUCAGCUGCUCUACAGCCUCAUCAGACACAGUGAUGUGAUUCAAGCUUUUAUUUCUGUUCGCUUUGAUGAUUUAUCAGAAGAUUACAAUAAAAAUGUAAUGCAGAAAAGUUC